AACGCCAGCGAGUGCGACUGCCACGAGUGGCAGUACCGGAUCAGAGCCGGACUCGUCCAAAACGUCGUGAGCAAGUGGGAUCUUGUUUGUGAUUCGGCCUGGAAAGUCCACAUUGCUAAAUUCUCCCUACUGGUAGGAUUAAUCUUUGGCCACUUAAUAACAGGAUGUAUAGCAGACUGGGUUGGUCGACGGCCCAUACUGCUCUUCUCUGUCAUAUUCAUUUUGAUAUUUGGACUGACUGUGGCACUCUCAGUGAAUGUGACCAUGUUCAGCACACUCAGGUUUUUUGAGGGGUUUUGCCUGGCUGGAAUAGUCCUCUCCCUGUACGCACUGCGGAUAGAGCUCUGUCCUCCUGGGCACCGGUUCAUGAUCACCAUGGUGGCUAGCUUCAUCGAAAUGGCAGGGCAGUUCCUCAUGCCAGGGCUGGCUGCCCUCUGCAGGAACAUGCAGCAUCUAAAUAGUCUCAUCUUGUCAAUGUUCAUCUUGAUGAUGGAUAAGCUAGAUAUUUUCCCAGAGUCCCUUCGGUGGCUGAUGGCUACACAACAGUUUGAGUCAUCCAAAGAACUGAUCCUUCAGUUCAUGCACAAGAACAGGAUGAACACGGAAAGCGACAUCAAAGGAGUGGUGCCUGAGCUGGAGAAGGAGAUCACCAGGAGACCAAAGAAAGUCUGCAUUGUUAAAGUGGUGGGAACAAGGAACCUGUGGAAAAACAUCGUAGUACUGUGUGUGAACUCGCUGACUGGCUAUGGCAUACACCACUGCUUCGCAAAAAGCAUGAUGGGGCACGAGGCCAAGAUGACGAUUACCCAGAACUUCUACGCCGACUACUACAUCAUGGCUGGGAUUGCGCUGGCAUCCUGCCUGGCCAUGUGCCCGGUGGUCGGGUUUCUGGGGAGGAGAGGAGGACUCCUGCUUUUCAUGAUCCUUACAGCUCUGGCAUCGCUUCUGCAGCUGGGCCUUCUCAACUUGAUUGGAAAAUACAGUCAACUUCCAGACUCAGGUAUGAGUGAGAGCGUCAAAGACAAGUUCUCUACCGCUUUCUCCAUCGUGGGGAUGUUUUCUUCGCAUGCCGUUGGAAGCCUCAGCGUGUUCUUCUGUGCUGAAAUCACACCCACAGUAAUCAGGGGAGGAGGGCUGGGGCUGGUCCUGGCCAGCGCAGGCUUUGGCCGCCUGACCGCCCCCAUCAUGGAGCUCCACAACCAGAAAGGCUACUUCCUCCACCACGUCAUCUUCGCCUGCUGUACGCUCAUCUGCAUCAUCUGCAUCCUGCUGCUGCCGGAGAGCAAGAACCAGAACCUGCCUGAGAACAUCCCGGAUGGGGAACAUUACACCCGGCAGCCCCUCCUGCCGCACAAGAAGGGGGAGCAGCCCCUGCUCCUGACAAACUCUGAACUCAAGGAUUAUUCCGGCCUCCACGACUCAGCAGCCGUGAGUGACGGAAUCUCGGAGAACACCACUGCCAACGGGAUGAAGUUGAUGUAACUGGGUGGAUUAUUUUUUUCUUCUUCUUCUGUUUGUUUUAUUUUUGUUUUGUUUUUUUGUUGUUUUUUUUUCUGCUUGGGUUGUUUGGUUUGGUUUUUUUCUCUUUUCCUCUUUUUUUUUUGUAUUGUAUUUGAUGCUGUUGUGCAGGAGGAGCAGCACUUUGGGCAAAGGUGUUUUGCAUAGACUUUACAAACCAGUGAUGGAGCAGACACAGACUUCGGGGAAUUCAACUCUGCUGCUAAAGCAACUUUUGGCAUCUUCAACUGUUUUGCAGAUUGCUCUUGAAAACAUUAUGGGGGAAGACUCAUCUGAGAAAAGACCUGGCUGGAGGUAGCCCUUCAGAAGUCUUUUUUUCCUGCCAUUAAAUAUGUAUAUUUA